AUGGCAGAAGAAAUGGUUACGGAUGCGGCAACAGCCGAUCCGGCUCCGCAUCGCUCUCCAACCCCCGAGUUACAUGCGACGUAUACUUCUUUAGAAAUUCUAGUGGCUUUGGUGGCGGUGGUCGGUAAUGCAAUGGUGAUACAUGUAUUCCGCGGCGACCGAAGAUUGCGUCGCCGAACAAAUUAUUAUAUAGUGUCUCUUGCUGUGGCAGACUUACUUGUUGGUCUUUUGGGAAUACCUUUCGCCAUAUUGGCCUCAGUGGGUCUACCGAGAAACCUUCACGCCUGUCUUUUCACAGUGUCACUAUUGGUGAUGCUUUGCACAAUAAGUAUCUUCUGCUUGGUUGCGGUAUCUGUAGACCGGUACUGGGCUAUUCUCUACCCCAUGUGCUACUCCAGAAACGUUCGCACCAGGACUGCUAUUUGUGAGUAUUCAUUUUAUUUAGAACUAAAUGAUGCAAAUUUUUUUUAA